AUGGCGCCUUCUUUCCUCAUUGUUGGUGCGACUGGAAACACCGGGCGAAGUGUGGUGGAGACGCUCUCGAAACUUCUCAAAACUGACCACAUCUUUUCCGGCUACCAGAUCAUUGCUCUCACGCGAUCUGCGAGUAGCCCAGCCGCACAACAGCUUGCGCGAUUGCCUGGCGUCGAGGUCGCAGAGCUGAGCUGGGUCGAUAUCACCCCUGACUGGCUUCGGGAACGGGAGGUCGCAAGGGCAUUCAUCGCGCCGCACAACCUGCCAAAUCAAUUCGCCGAGGAAUCCACAUUCCAUCUUGCAGCCUUGAGAGCAGGUGUCAAGUACGUCGUGAGGAUCUCAACGACAGCCGCAAACGUUCGUCCGGAUUGUCCUGCAUACUAUCCGCGAUCGCACUGGGCUAUCGAGGCCCUGCUGGGCUCCCCGGAAUUCAGCGCCUUGCAAUGGACUUCACUCCAGCCUAAUGUCUUUUUUAAUUUCUACCUUUCCACUGCUGCGGAGUUGAUCAAGAAGUUUAGAAAGGAGGGCAAACAAGACGUACUCCGACUCAUCGCGUCCGAAGACGCGCCUGUGGGUGUCAUCGACGCUGACGAAGUCGGCACCAUCGCCGCUCACCUCUUGCUCCAGGAAGACACGGCCGUGCACAAUAAAGCAAAAUAUGUACUCAACGGGCCGGAAGAUAUCACUGGACGGGGGAUCGUGAAGAUGGUCGAGGAGCGCAUUGGAACACGCGUUGAGAAUGUCAGCUUCAAGGACCUGUCCUUUGUGGAGCAGAUGGCGGCUGCGUCGCAGGAAUCGAAGAGUGUCAUCAUGUCAAUUCAACAUGCCGCAGAAACGUCUUGGGAGGGAAAGGCCUCGGCUUCUACUACUAGCAAGGAGAUACUUGCGCUUGCUGCGCCGACGCGGACGCCCGCGGACGCUUUGAAGACUAUGCUGGGGGAAUAG